AUGACACCCCCUGUUGUGGCCAAUGGCCUUGGGGCCUGCACUCACUCUCCAGGAACAAAUGGAGGACCAAACCAUCCCAAUGCUGCUGCAUCCAGAACAACUUCCCCCGGCGGCCCUAGAGCCGGAGAGGUCACGCUCCCCAACGGCGACAUCUACUCCGGCAUGCUUCUAUCGGGCGGCGACAUCCCCGAGGGCAUGGGCCGGUACGUCUGGUCCGGCAGCUCCUGCGUGUAUGAGGGCGGGUGGCGGCGAGGGAUGAGGCAUGGCUGCGGGAGAACCCUAUGGCCGUCGGGGGCUGUCCACGAGGGUGAGUACUCCGCUGGGUACAUGGACGGCGAAGGGACAUACAUCGGCAGCUCCGAAAGCUCUUUGUCCUCCUACAAGGGAGGAUGGAAGCUGGACCGCAAGCACGGCCAUGGCGUCCAGAUGUAUUGCAACGGUGACAUGUACGAAGGUCCCUGGGUCCAGGGCCAGAUGGAGGGCCAUGGCUGCAGGUACACGUGGGCCAACGGUACAACCUACGUCGGCGCCAUGAGGAACGGGCUCAUGUCUGGCAAAGGGGUGCUCACGUGGAGCACCACCGGGGACUCAUUUCAGGGGAACUGGCUCGACGGUGCAAUGCACGGGUACGGGCUGUACACAUGGCAAGACGGCGGUUGCUAUGUCGGAACAUGGACCAGAGGGUUCAAGGAUGGCAAGGGCACGUUCUAUCCUAAAUGUUCCCGGGUUCCCGCAGCCCAUGAGCUCUACAUCGACGAGCUGAGGAAGAGAGGUGUGCUACCAGACAUCUGCAACAUCCUCCAGCACCAUUCAGAUCAAGAGUCCGUAGCGGUAGGUGCUAGUUUUCUGUCCAGGAGAAACCGGAGUUUUGAGCACCGGCCUCCUUCGAAGAAGAGGCCAUCUUUGCAGAGGCGCUGGAGCAUCGGGGUAUCCGUCGAGAGAAUUACCAGGCAUGAACCUGGUGUUGGUGGUUCUGACAAAACAAAUGGAUGCGAAGACACGGCUGGUUCUAACAGCUUCCCGAUACUCGAGAGGGAAUACGCGCAGGGCAUUCUGAUCAGUGAGGUCGUGCUGAAUAACAAGACCUUCCCGGAGUCAUCCAAGAAACUGAGGCGUCGACAGAGUAAGAUGAUGAGGGAUAUCAAGAGGCCCGGAGAGGCGAUCAUUAAAGGGCACAGGAGCUAUGACCUGAUGCUCUGUCUGCAGCUUGGAAUCAGGUACACCGUUGGGAAGAUUACGCCGAUUCAGAGGCGUGAAGUGCGAACUUCUGAUUAUGGCCCCAAGGCUAGUUUCUGGAUGAACUUCCCCAAAAAAGGAUCACGCCUUACCCCUUCACAUCGUGCUGUAGAUUUUAAGUGGAAGGACUACUGUCCGAUGGUUUUCAGAAAUUUGAGGGAGAUGUUCAAGAUUGACACAGCUGAUUAUAUGAUCUCCAUCUGUGGAAGUGAUGCUCUCAGGGAGCUAUCUUCUCCUGGAAAGAGUGGAAGUAUCUUUCUCUUAUCGCAAGAUGACCGGUUUAUGAUCAAGACUCUUCGGAAAUCGGAAGUGCAGGUUCUUUUGCGUAUGCUUCCACACUAUUAUCGCCAUGUCCGUACUUACGAGAACACACUUAUAACUAAAUUUUUUGGCCUCCACAGGGUGAAACCUUCCAGCGGUCAAAAGUUCAGAUUUGUAGUGAUGGGAAACAUGUUCUGCACAGAACUUAGAAUUCAUCGAAGAUUUGAUUUGAAAGGUUCAUCUUUGGGCCGCUCUACUGACAAAAUCAAAAUCGAUGAGAACACGACACUGAAAGACUUGGAUCUGAACUAUUCAUUUUAUCUUGAGCCUUCUUGGCGGGAUUCUUUGCUCAAGCAGAUUGAGACGGACAGCGAAUUUCUGAGGAAUCAGGGUAUAAUGGAUUACAGUUUACUUCUUGGUUUUCACUACCGGGCUCGUCAAAACCUACAAAGAGGAGCAUCGUUCCAUGAAAGCAUUUUGCCAGAUAAACUACCCGUUCUUUCAGAACAAGAUGCUGUGGAGGAAGAUUCCGCUUGUAACUACCGAGAAGGGCUAGUUUUGGUGCAGCGGGGUGGCGACCAAAAAAGCAAAGUUGCUGUCGGACCACACAUAAGGGGAAGCCGCCUACGUUCGUCCUCUGCUUGUUUCGAGGAAGUAGACCUCUUGCUUCCAGGCACAGCAAGGCUUCAGAUCCAGCUAGGGGUGAACAUGCCCGCAAGAGCGGAGAAAGAAGAGAAACAGGCAGAAGAUGAUGGCAAAUCGUUCCGUCAGGUGUAUGAUGUGGUGCUCUACAUAGGGAUCAUUGACAUCCUGCAGGAGUACAGUAUGAGGAAGAAGAUGGAGCAUGCCUACAAGUCCAUCAAGUAUAACCCCUUGUCGAUAUCCGUCGUCGAACCUCGGUUCUACUCGGAGCGCUUCCUCAAGUUCAUCCACACCGUCUUCCCUCAAAACUUAUCCAGCUAAUGAUAAUUUAUCUUUCUUUCCUCCUCCCUGGCAAGAAAACAUAUGUAAAAAACAAUUCAAGGAAAUGCCUUUGCUGUAGUGAUGUACAUGUGUAUGCUUUGAGGUGGCUGGAAGAAGCAAUGCGCAUGUCCUUAAAAAAAGAAACAACGUGUGUAUUUGUCAAAAGCAACGUUGACAAAACUAGGCAGCGGUGAGUGCUCCAUUAUGCAUGCAUGGAUUUCGUUGGGUUUUCUGUCA